CUACUAUAGGAAUCUCUCAUCCUGAUAUCGUGGUGGAGACCAACACACUGUCCAGCGUUCCUCCUCCAGACAUCACCUACACACUGUCCAUUCCAGACUGCAGCAUUAGCUCCGGCCUGCUGUCUGCCCUGCAGCUGGAGGCCAUCAUCUACGCCUGCCAGCAACACGAGGUGAUUCUUCAGAACGGUCAGCGAGCAGGGUUUCUGAUUGGAGACGGAGCCGGCGUCGGGAAAGGACGCACCGUAGCGGGAAUCAUACUGGAGAAUUUCUUAAAGGGACGGAAGAGAGCGCUCUGGUUCAGUGUGUCAAAUGACCUGAAGUACGAUGCUGAGAGAGAUCUCAAAGACAUAGACGCUCCCAACAUCCCUGUGUUUGCUUUAAAUAAG